AUGGAAGUUGCAGUCGAUCACUACAGCGUUUUAAAGCUACCGUCCGAUGAGAAAUCAGCCAGUUUGACGGAGGACGAUAUCUCAAGAGCAUACAAGAAGACGGCGUUGAAAUUGCACCCCGACAAGAACCCUAAUGAUCCAAAUGCCAAUGCCAAAUUCCAAAAGCUUCUCUCGUCUUAUGAGAUUCUCAAGGAUCCGGAAACCCGAAAGCAAUUCGAUGAUUUGCUCCGAUUCAAGCGUCAGCAGAAGGCGGAUCAUGAUCUCCUGCAGAAGGCAGAAUAUGAUUUACAAAACCAGAGGAAGAAGCAAGAAGAGAGAGCUUCUGCUCCUCCGCCUUCUCAAACGGGCGAAGCAGCAGCUCAAGCUGAGAUUCUCGGCAUGGUAAUUAAACUACUUAAACAAUUUGCUCAAGUGUAUAAUCUAUUGGCUGCUGAAGAAGAGAAAGAAAAACAAGAAGAGAUAGAGAAAACAUAUAAGUUUAAAGAGCAGAGAAUGAGACAACAAGAGAGAGCUUAUUAUUUUCAAGAACAAAGAAGGAGACAACAAAAGGAAGCGCGGCCGGAGGACGGAACCCGAACAAACAAACGCAAACUACAACAAGCACUCCAAACUUAUAAAAAUGUCAUAUUUGAUGGUAUUCCUUGUUGGACUGAUGAAUCUGAUUCAAGAACUUGUUGGGAAACUAUUAAACUGUUGGUAGUGAGCCUCAUAGAUCUGGCUGUAAUUGAGGAGUAUCUUGCAAUAUGA